CGGAGAGGCGGGGCCCCUCAGAGAGGGGCGGAGCAGGAACUAGAAACUAGUCUGGAAGCCAGGAGCCUGUUUGGCGGGAAGUUGGCCGGUUUGGCGGGAAGUUGGACGAGUGCCCGACUCCCCGCCCUUUUUCUCCCCAGAGGCUUCCCUAUCUUCCCUCCAUAAUCUCGGUUUACGGUAUAGUACCUCUUUGCACGGAGGACGCGAUGGCUCCCAAGAAACGCCCAGAAACCCGGAAGACCUUUGAGGUGGCUUUGCACCCCAGGAGCAAGAGGAGCAGAAACCCGGGGGAGCUGGAGCACGAGGCCAAGAAGCUCUGUGUGAAGGGCCCCGGUUCUAGCAGAAGAUCUGACUCCGGCUGCCUUCGGGAGGGGUUGGCUAGCCUGCAGGUCCCUCCACGGUGCAGGAGCAUCGUCAGGGCCCUCCAUCACCAUAAGCUGGGCAGAACUGCCUGGCCAUCGCUACAGCAGGAUCUCCAGCAGUCCUUUUUGAACUCUCUGGCUUCAUACCGGAUAUUCCAAAAGGCUGCCCCCUUUGACAGGAGGGCCACAUCCAUGGCAUGGCACCCAACUCACCCCAGCACCCUGGCCGUGGGUUCCAAAGGGGGAGAUAUCAUGCUCUGGAACUUUGGCAUAAAGGACAAACCUACCUUCAUUAAAGGGAUUGGAGCUGGAGGGAGCAUCACUGGGCUGAAGUUUAACCCUCUCAACACCAACCAGUUUUUCAUCUCCUCAAUGGAGGGAACGACCAGGCUGCAAGACUUUAAAGGCAACAUUCUCCAAGUCUAUACCAACUAUGGCACCUGCAACUUCUGGUUCUGCAGCCUGGAUGUGUCUGCAGAAAGACGCAUGGUGGUCACCGGAGACAACGUGGGGCACGUGGUCCUGCUGAACAUGGACGGCAGGGAGCUUUGGAAUAUGAGAAUGCACAAAAAGAAAGUGACCCAUGUGGCCCUGAACCCAUGCUCUGAUUGGUUUCUGGUCACAGCCUCUGUAGAUCAAACAGUGAAAAUCUGGGACCUGCGCCAGGUUAAAGGGAAAUCCAGCUUUCUCUACUCGCUGCCGCACAGGCAUCCUGUCAACGCAGCUCAUUUCAGUCCCGAUGGCGUCCGGCUCCUGACCACCGACCAGAAGAGUGAGAUCCGGGUUUACUCUGCUUCCCAGUGGGACCGCCCCCCAAGCCUGAUUCCACACCCUCACCGCCACUUCCAGCACCUGACACCCAUUAAGGCAGCCUGGCAUCCUCGGUACAACCUCAUUGUUGUGGGCAGAUACCCAGAUCCUAAUUUCAAAAGUGGUACCCCCCACGAAUUAAGAACAAUUGAUGUCUUUGAUGGAAGCUCAGGGAAAUUGAUGCAUCAGCUCUAUGACCCAGAAUCUUCUGGUAUCAGUUCGCUCAAUGAGUUCAAUCCUAUGGGGGACACGCUGGCCUCUGUGAUGGGUUAUCACAUUCUCAUUUGGAGCCAGCAGGAGACAAGGAUGCAGAAAUGAGAGACGUUAAUGAAGGUGUUGCUCCAAGCAAGGGCUUCGGGCAACAUGAGAACAAGUCCUGCAGGAAGAGAUGGCUGUGUGUCAAAGGGCCAAAGGUAUCCAAGUCUUAGGGUUGGAACAAGGAUGCUGUGGCAUGGGACACUGUGGGGCUGGGACACUAGCAUGUUAUUGCUCUGGACUUAGCCCUGGAAACUUCUCCAGAGUUGGCGACCCAGUUGCCCCAAGGGUCCCUGCUAUAUCUAGCCUGGAACCAAGCUUCUCCUGGAGCCAAGGUACUUUUCUCCUCUGUGACGUGUGCUGGCAGAGUGAUCAGGUGGUGGUGGGUUUUUGAUUUGUGCCCCCAACUGACAUGACCAAUAAAUCUAUACUC